AUGGCGGACGAAGUCUACGAUGGUGCCAUUGGCAUCGAUCUGGGCACCACCUACUCGUGCGUUGCCACCUACGAGGGUACCAAUGUCGAAAUCAUUGCCAACGAGCAGGGUUCCUUUACCACCCCUUCUUUCGUCUCCUUUACCGACAAGGAGCGUCUGAUCGGUGAGGCGGCCAAGAACAAUGCUGCCAUGAACCCCCGGAACACCGUCUUCGACGCCAAGCGUCUGAUCGGCCGUCGCUUCGAUGACCCCACCGUCAAGAAGGACAUCGAGUCCUGGCCCUUCAAGGUCAAUGACGACGGCGGCCAGCCCAGGAUUGAGGUCGACUACCUCGGCGAGAAGAAGACUUUCUCCGCCCAGGAAAUCUCGUCCAUGGUCCUCCUCAAGAUGAAGGAGAUUGCCGAGACCAAGCUCGGCAAGAAGGUCGAAAAGGCCGUCAUCACCGUCCCCGCCUACUUCAAUGACAACCAGCGCCAGGCCACCAAGGAUGCCGGUGCCAUUGCCGGCCUCAACGUCUUGCGUAUCAUCAACGAGCCUACCGCCGCUGCCAUUGCCUACGGUCUCGGCUCCGGCAAGUCCGAGAAGGAGCGCAACGUGCUCAUCUACGAUCUUGGUGGCGGCACCUUUGAUGUUUCGCUCCUCAACAUCCAGGGCGGUGUCUUCACCGUCAAGGCCACCGCCGGUGACACCCACCUGGGUGGUCAGGACUUCGACACGAACCUCCUCGAACACUGCAAGAAGGAGUUUGGCCGCAAGGCCAAGAAGGACCUUAGCGGGGACCCGCGCGCCCUGCGCCGACUCCGGACUGCUUGCGAGCGCGCCAAGCGUACCCUGUCGAGCGGUGCCCAGGCCACCAUUGAGAUCGACUCGCUCUUCGACGGCGAGGACUUCACCAUGACCAUCACCCGUGCCCGUUUCGAGGAGCUCAACGCCAAGGCCUUCUCCGGCACCCUCGAGCCCGUUGCCCAGGUGCUCAAGGACUCGGGCAUGCAGAAGAAGGCCGUCGACGAGAUCGUCCUCGUCGGCGGCUCCACCCGUAUCCCCCGCAUCCAGAAGCUGCUGUCUGAUUUCUUCGACGGCAAGAAGCUCGAGAAGAGCAUCAACCCCGACGAGGCCGUCGCCUACGGUGCCGCCGUCCAGGCCGGCAUCCUCUCGGGCAAGGCCACCUCGGCCGAGACCUCCGAUCUGCUUCUGCUCGACGUUGUUCCUCUCAGCUUGGGCGUCGCAAUGGAAGGUAACGUGUUUGCUCCUGUCGUACAGCGUGGCAACUCUGUACCGACUCUGAAGAAAAGGACCUUCACCACGGUUGCCGACAACCAGCAGACUGUGCAGUUCCCUGUCUACCAGGGCGAGCGUGUCAACUGCGAGGACAACACGUCCCUGGGUGAAUUCACCCUGGCUCCCAUCCCCCCCAUGAGGGCCGGCGAGGCCGUCCUCGAGUGUGUCUUCGAGGUCGAUGUCAAUGGCAUCCUCAAGGUGACGGCCACGGAGAAGACGUCUGGCCGCAGUGCCAACAUCACCAUCUCCAACUCGGUCGGCAAGCUGUCGACGGACGAGAUCGAGAAGAUGAUCAGCGAGGCCGAGAAGUUCAAGUCCAACGACGAGGCCUUUAGCAAGAAGUUUGAGGCUAAGCAGCAGCUCGAGUCUUACAUUGGUCGCGUCGAGGAGAUUGUCUCGGACCCGACGCUGUCGCUGAAGCUGAAGCGCGGCCAGAAGGAGAAGAUUGAGAGCACCAUCAGCGACGCCAUGGCCGCCCUCGAGCUCAGCGACAGCACCGCCGAGGACCUGAGGAAGCAGGAGCUUGCCCUGAAGCGCCUGGUCACCAAGGCCAUGUCUUCCCGAUAA